UGGUAGGAUUUUGAGCUCGCGAAAAAAAUUAACUUCAUCAUCACUUUGCGCCGCUCUCUUGCUCUCUCUCUCUCUCUCUCUCUCUCUCUCUCUCUCAGUUUCAGGUAAAGCUUCUUCAGCUUUCCUCUUACAUCAAAUACUUGCUUCUCGCAUCGCUCCUGUUGUUUCGUUUAUAGACAUAAGCUUUCUCCGUCUUGCAAGCCAGGUUGAUCAGUGUAGAAAGGGUCUUAUACUGAGGCGCAAAGGAUGAAGCUUGACGUGAAUGUGUUGAGAUAUCUUUCGAAAGAUGAUUUUCGAGUUCUCACUGCAGUGGAGAUGGGAAUGCGAAACCAUGAGAUUGUUCCUUGCGAGCUCGUGGAGCGCAUUGCCUGUCUAAAACAUGGAGGCACAUACAAAGUCCUGAAGAACUUGCUCAAGUACAAGCUUUUGCAUCACGACAGCUCCAAAUAUGAUGGAUUCCGACUCACCUAUCUGGGUUACGACUUCCUUGCCAUUAAAACAUUGGUCAACCGUGGUAUAUUCACCGGUGUUGGUCGUCAGAUUGGAGUCGGUAAAGAGUCAGACAUUUUUGAGGUCGCUCAGGAAGAUGGAACCAUUUUGGCAAUGAAGUUACAUAGACUUGGGAGAACCUCCUUCAGGGCUGUCAAAUCUAAGCGUGACUACUUGAGGCAUCGCAGUAGUUUCAGCUGGCUCUAUCUCUCCCGUCUUGCGGCUCUCAAGGAGUUUGCUUUUAUGAAGGCUCUGGAAGAACAUGACUUUCCGACUCCAAAAGCUAUUGACUGCAAUAGGCACUGUGUUAUCAUGUCCCUUGUGGAAGGAUACCCCUUGGUUCAGGUGAAGCAAUUACAGAACCCUGAGACAGUUUUCGAGAAGAUCAUUGGCAUUGUUGUUCGUUUGGCUGAGCAUGGUCUUAUUCAUUGUGAUUUCAAUGAGUUCAACAUCAUGAUUGAUGAUGAUGAGAAACUUACGAUGAUUGACUUUCCACAAAUGGUUUCUGUUUCACACCAAAAUGCUCAAAUGUACUUUGACCGUGAUAUCGAAUGCAUCUUCAAGUUUUUCAGAAAGAGGUUUAAUAUGACUUUCCAAGAAGAUAGAGAUGAGUCAGAUGAGACAGAGGUGGAAGUGGAUGAGAACAGCAGACCAUCUUUCUAUGAUAUAACUAAAGAUGCUAAUGCUCUGGAUAGAGAACUUGAAGCUAGUGGUUUCACAAAGAAGGAGCAGAAUGACCUCGAUAAAGUAUGUGGGCUGGAGAAGAGUAAAGAUUCUGAUGAGGAUGAGGAUGAGGAUGAUGAUGAGGAAUCUGCUGAUGAAGAGCAGAAUCGUGAGUCAAAUGAAGAAGAAAACCUAAAUGAAAUGAAAUCAUUACAGUUGAAAGAGAAGGAACAUAAUAGUUCUGAUGGUGUUGAGGUGGAUAACAAUGAGAAAGGUGAAGACAGCGGAGAUAAAGAUGAAGUUGGAAGUGAUGAGGAGGAAGAAGAGGAUGAUGCAGAGCUGGUUAAAAAACUGGGCAAGCAAAGACGCAGAGCCAUGGCAGCAGCCAGGGGAGGUAGAAAGUCGCAGUCUUCAAGAAACACAUACAAGGACAAAGGAAAGGGUUCCCAAAACUCCAAGAUCCACAACAACAUGAGCGGCUGGCCGACUAAAUCUGCUCCGAGUUCUCCGGCAAAGCCACUAGGCAUCUCCCGCACUCGGUCUGAAUCAUUCCAUGCUAUCCACAAAGUUCCUAUCGGAGACAGUCCUUAUGUCAGGGCCAAGAAUGUUCAGUUGGUGGAGAAGGAUCCUGAGAGAGCAAUUCCUCUGUUCUGGUCCGCCAUUAAUGCCGGAGAUAGAGUUGACAGUGCUCUGAAAGAUAUGGCCAUCGUGAUGAAGCAGCAGGACCGCGCUGAAGAAGCCAUUGAAGCCAUUAAAUCUCUCAGACUCAGGUGUUCGGAUCAAGCCCAGGAAUCGCUGGACAAUAUCCUCCUAGAUCUCUACAAGAGAUGUGGGAGAUUAGAUGACCAGAUUGGGCUUUUGAAACACAAACUCUUUUUGAUACAAAAAGGGCUCGCCUUUAACGGCAAAAGAACCAAAACCGCAAGAUCUCAGGGCAAGAAAUUUCAGGUCUCUGUGGAGCAAGAAGCCACUCGUUUACUGGGAAACUUAGGAUGGGCUUUGAUGCAAAGAGACAACUUCGUGGAAGCUGAAGAUGCAUACAGGAGGGCUCUGUCAAUCGCACCGGACAACAACAAGAUGUGUAAUCUCGGAAUCUGCCUUAUGAAGCAAGGCAGGAUCGAUGAAGCCAAAGAGACUUUAAGACGUGUGAAACCCGCCGUCGUGGAUGGUCCCAGAGGAGUGGAUUCACACCUAAAAGCUUACGAGAGAGCGCAACAGAUGCUCAAGGAUCUUGGAUCUGAGAUGAUGAGAAGAGGAGGGGAUGAUAAAGUUGAGCAGAGGAGGCUUUUCGAGUCAAUGUUCGGGUCUUCCUCUAUAUGGCAGCCUCAGCCUUGUAGAGAGCAGAACGUGAAGCCCAAGUCGAAGCCUGAGUUGAGCAAUGAUGGAUACGGUGACGAGAACGUGAAGAGGGAUGUCAACGUGAAUGUAAAUGUUCCAGUAAACCCAUUACGGGUGGAUGCAAAACCUUUCUUCUCUUCCAAGUUGAUCAGCAACAACGAGAAGCUGAAGAGGACGAGAUCGUCGAGCCAAACGUUGGGAGUGUUGGGGUGUGUUGGUGGUGGCGACGAGGCGGAGACAAACGGGAAGAGAAGAUUGUCGAUGGAGAAGAGAGCAACAGACUGUGGAUUACCAGACAACAAGGAGUUUGAAGAAGCCAUGAUCAUGGCUGUUUUGGGGACAGAAACGAAAGUGGACAAGAAGAGGCUCAAGGUUUUUCAGGACAUCACUUUGUCCUCCCUUAGCCCAAGAGCCUGAGUUAUCUCUCAACCAGAAUCUCUAACCAAUCUAUUUAUUCAUAAUUCUAAUUUUUAUUAGUUCCAUGGUGGUGAAUGCAAAAAGGAGAUGAGCUCUUAUUCUCCUUGGUGAUAUCUAUUAAUGUUUUUGUCAGCUUUAAAGCUUGCUUCAUUUUUUCUUCUUCACAAUUAUUGUCAUUGACCAAUAAUAAUGAAAAAAAGUUAUGUUCUUUGCCAAUCUAUACACAA